AUGUCUAAAUUGCAACAACGAUUGGAUCAUCUCGUUAAAUCCUAUUACGACUCUGAUUUGAAAAUCACUCACACCAAAUAUGAGGAAACUUGUGACCGUUUGGGCCUCGCUAAGAAGGAUUUCCUUCAUGAUAUCUCUUUGUAUCGAGACAAGGUUUCAUCACCUAAUACUCUCUCCAUCUCAAUGAUUCAAGAGAUGGUGCAGCAGGAAUACAUGAAAAUUCUUCCAAAAGAGGAAGCUGAAAAUCUCAAAAAACGAAAACAACAGUUGAAAGAAAAGCGAGAUUUGAAGAGAAAGAAGGCUUUUCAACAAGAUCGAGUUUGUGAUAAAUGUGGAAAUUCUGAAUUCUUUUAUAUUGGAGCCCGAAGUUGUGAUAAUGGAGAAUUGAUCUUUCCGAGCGGAAGACAGAUUGAAGGGUAUUUACCUGUCUUGCCUUCUAUUUGUGAUUCGGAUGGAGUGAUGAUGUACUUGUGUCUUGAGUGUGGAGUUCCAUUUGGAUUCAAUAGUGCAGAGGUGAAGAGAAUUUUGGCAGAAAGGGAGCAGGAACGAUAUCCUCCAGAACAAGAUGAUGAUGUGGAUGAAGAUGAUGACGAGAAUGAAGAGAAUAGUGGUGGAUCUGAGGAGGAGGAUGAGGAAUAA